AUGAGCAGGUACCAAAGGAUCGAUUCUGUGCCGGACUCCGGCCAGGCCUCUGACGAAGAAACCGGGCCUCCCGGAAGACCUUCGCCUUUACAUUCCGUGCUUUACACCGCCCCAGGCGAAAAACAGCCUCUCCAGCCUUUAGGCCACUUGGACUCCCUAGACCAGUCCUACGAGAAACCAGGCCACGACCACGUGAGCGACCUGCUUUCUUCCCGUUCCUCCGUGGAUUCCGACAACGACCCCGUGAUGUUGGGCUCGCUGGACGCGCUGCUGCUGAAGGAUGGAAGGGUGGACCCUGACGACUUUGCUGAAUGGGAAACCAUAGACACUGCUACGGAGCACGACGGGCUCAGACGCCGGGGUGCCUCGGAACCGGGUGUCCACAUGGACAACUAUGGCAAUUCGUACGACCACGUUGAUUUCGACGCUAGAAGGUACACCAGGAAGCUCAGGUUCAAGGGUAAGAAGUUGGUGUACUUUACGUCAGCGUUUGUGUCGCUUUUCGUGUCUUUGUUCGGUUACGAGCAGGGCGUGUGCCUGGGCAUCUUGACGUUCGUCACUUUCAAAAUGUACUUCAACUAUCCCACGGCGACGGAGAUCGGCUUGGUCAUUUCCAUCUUGGAGAUUGGCGCCAUGAUCUCGUCGCUUUUGGUGUCCAAGAUCUCGGACUCGAUCGGCCGCAAGCGCACCAUCUUGCUCGGCACGGUCAUAUUUAUGUUUGGUGGUUGUCUUCAAUCUUUUGCAACCAACCUUUGGAUCUUCGGCGUCGGCCGUGUUUUCAGUGGUUUUGGCGUCGGUAUUCUCUCCACCAUGGUGCCGCUGUACCAGUGUGAGAUCUCGCCGUCCGAGGAGCGUGGUAAAUUGGUCUGUGGUGAGUUUACCGGUAACAUUGCCGGCUACUGCUUGAGUGUGUGGGUCGACUACGCCUGCUACUUUAUUCAGGACAUUGGCGAUGCUAGAGAGGACCCAAAUACGCUUGCAGCCAACGUGUCAUGGCGGUUGCCCCUUUUCAUUCAGGUCCUCUUGGCCAUUGUGUUGUUUAUUGGUGGCUUCUUCGUCGUGGAGAGUCCUAGAUGGCUUCUUGACGUCGACAUGGACCAGCGUGGAUUCCAUGUGCUUUGCCUUCUCUUCCACGACGACCCAGAUCCCCUCAAGGCAGAGCACGAGUUCUUUUUGAUCAAAAACAGUAUCUUGGAGGAGCGUAUCAAGAUCCCCAAGAAAGAGCGGUCCUGGAGACACAUGUUCCGUGCGUACCGCCUCCGUAUAUUCAUUGCUUGUUCGGCGUUGGCCUUUGCCCAAUUCAACGGCAUCAACAUCAUUUCGUAUUACGCCCCCAUGGUCUUCACCGAAGCAGGCUUCAAGGAUUCCAUGGCGCUACUCAUGACGGGUGUCAAUGGUACAGUGUACUUGCUCAGUACCAUUCCACCAUGGUUCUUGGUAGAUCAUUGGGGAAGAAAACCCAUUUUGGUCAGUGGUGGUGCGUCCAUGGGAAUCUGUCUUAGUUUGAUUGCGUUUGUCAUGUGGCUCGAUGUUGGAGCUACGCCGCUGCUUGUGGCCGUGUUGGUGGUCGUCUACAAUGCUUCGUUUGGUUACUCCUGGGGUCCCAUUGGUUUCCUCAUUCCGCCUGAGGUGUAUCCUUUGGCAGUGAGAUCAAAGGGUGUCUCGCUCUCUACGGCUACUAAUUGGCUUGCAAACUACAUUGUGGGCCAGCUCACGCCGAUUUUCCAGGAGACCAUCGGAUGGGCCAUGUACAUUUUCCCCGCCACCAGCUGUGUGCUUUCCAUUGCUACCGUGAUGUACUUCUACCCCGAGACAAAAGGUGUGGAGUUGGAGAACAUUGACCAGUUAUUCGACGAGUACUACGGAACCUCUACCGCAGGGUAUGCGCAGGUUGGAGAUGCCACUGCCAUGGAGCUUGACGAAUUUGACUACGAGCUUGGAGUAGCCAAGCCCGGGCCCGAGGAGCCCAAGCUGAAAAACGAGCUGCUGCGGUUAUCAGGAGAAAGCUAG